AGUUUCCCGCGAAUUGGUAUAAAAGUGGUUGUGGCUGGCGGCUUUGUUUUUGUCUACUAUUAUUUCAUCAGUACAUGAAAUAAAGUGUUAUCCUUCUACUCUGUAACAGCACGAUCUAAACUAGCUACUGAUUUGUGGCGGUUCAUUUGCUAGUGAUUUAAAACUAACAUCAACAUCAUGACCACGUUCAAUCUAACCGAAAUACAAGAACAGCUAAACAAAGCCAGUGAAAAAACUCCUGAAAGUGGUGUUUCGUUUAAUGGAAAAUCGCUGAAAUUAAACAGCGAAGCGGACGCUGAGGAAGUCGUCAAAGCAAUUGAACAAUGUCAGAAAUUGGAUUACCUCGACUUGGAAGGAAACACGCUUGGUCCCGAUGCGGCCAAGGCAGUGGCAAAGGCUUUGGAAGCGAAGGGUUCUUCGCUCAAACGAGCCUUGUGGAAAGACAUGUUCACAGGGCGGAUGAAGACUGAGAUUCCUCUUGCCCUGGAAUAUCUAGGUACAGGACUAUGUGCAGCCCAAACUCGCCUUGUCGAGCUUGAUCUCAGUGACAAUGCGUUUGGCCCUGUCGGCGUUAAGGGGUUGGCCACGCUACUCAGCUCUAGCGCAUGUUUCACUCUACGUGAACUCAAACUGAACAACAAUGGACUUGGAAUAACGGGAGGAAAAAUGCUAGCCAAAGCUCUUCUAAAUUGUCAUGAAAAUAGUUCUAAGGAAAACGUAGAAACAGCACCAUUGGCCUUGCGAGUCUUCAUUGCUGGACGAAACAGACUAGAAAAUGAUGGAGCUGCAGCACUGGCUGAGGUGUUCACAAAGCUGACUACCCUGGAAGAGAUAUCGAUGCCACAAAAUGGGAUUUACCACAAAGGGAUAGCUGCUCUAGCACAAGCGCUCUCCGUCAAUCCAAGAUUGAAGAUUUUAAACCUCAACGAUAACACAGUUGGGCCAGAGGGAGCACGAGCUCUAGCAAAAUCCUUACCGAACUUGCCAGACUUGGAAAAACUUAAUCUUGGAGAUUGUUUGCUCAAAACACGGGGAGCCUCAGUGCUGGCUGAAGCGCUAGCCAACGAAGGCGCACACCGCAAUCUGAUGGAAUUGAAUUUGAGCUUUAACGAAAUAGGCGCGGCUAGUAUCGAUGCAAUAGUAGCGGCCGUUGCGGAUAAGCAGGAAUUGACGAGCUUAGUACUUGAUGGCAACGUUUUUGGUAGCAAAGGAAGAGAAAACUUAGAAGGAGCACUUAUUGCUUCGCAAAAACUAUCGGUUCUUGGGAGUCUUGAGGAGAAUGAAUCUGAAAGCGAAGGCGAUAGCGAAAGUGGAGAGGAAACUGAAAGUGAGGACAGCGACGAUGAAAACAAGACUUCUGAAGUAGAAAAGGAAGACGAUCAAGAGAUAUCAAAGAUCGAAAAGGAUAAACAGAACGUGACGGUUCAGGACUUUUUGAAAAAUCCAACUGCUGAAAACCUUCUUCGACUUCAAGGCGACAAAAUACAGUUGUUCUUGGAACACGCUAAGAGUCAGUCUGUAAACGGACACGAAUCUCAAAAAGAAACAUAUGCUGAAGUGCUUAUUAGAUCUAUAAUGAAGGUUUCUUCGUUGUGUGCUAGCGGCUAUAUGGAUGCCAGAAUAGAGGCAGAACGAGUGACAGACGGGCUUUACAUGGAAUUGUUUGCAUAUGCGACAAAAACUGACCAAGUUUCCCAACUAAACAAUGUUUUUCUGAUUAAUUUGGGCUUGAUUAAGAGUGAGGAUAAAACUGCUGGUAGAAUUGAUUGGAAUCUCGAGGGAUGCUUUAAAGCAUUGGAGAAAAUAAGCACCAAGGAUUAUUUUCUAACAGAGACUAGGAAUGCCCUAAAAGUAUUCAUUGAACUACCAAUAAAAACUGGAAAAGUCAGGGUAGACCCAUUUCAGAACGUUAAGGCUUCUCUCAAGAAGGUUCUCGACCAAAUAUAAUUGAAUUAAAUUAAUCUGAUGGCGGAAUGAUUCAUAUAUUUCCUGUACAAAACAUUAAAUAUUUAUUAAUAAUUCGUAA